AUGGCAACCAGCAGUAGUGACACGGUGAAGCUGGAGAAACACCUGAAGCUGCUAAAGGAAGAGUAUACAAAGCUGCAAAAAAGUUACGCCGAGCUAGAGCGCAAAUACAGUCAGGCGGCAGCAGCCAACGAAGAUCAUGAUCUGUCCGGCGAGUUUAGCAGCUUUAUUUCGCGUCUGGUCAUGACGGUGGCCACACUCUACGGUAGAACAACGUACUCCGACAUUACGAUAAAGUUGAAGGACAAAACGAUGCCUGCGCACAGGUUUGUGCUGAACGCUCGCAGUGAAGAGUGGCGGGAAGAGGUCCUUAUGGAUAAGAGUGAACUAGAUUGGUCCGAUAUGGAUGCAGAUGUAGGCUAUGCACUGUUGCGCUGGAUUUACACCGAUGUUGUGGAUCUGCAGCACGAUUCCCUGGCACUGGAGCUGCUCAAAACGUCUCAUCGAUUCAAACUGCCCGGUCUGAUGGGCCUUUGUGAGCGUGCACUCGUAUCAUCCGUAUCGGUACGUUCCUGCGUACGAUUCUACUGCGUGGCAGAAGAAGUCGGUGCGGCCAAUCUGCUGGAAUACUGUUCCGGGCUCAUAUCUACACACUGGGACGAUCUAACACCGCAAGACUUUGAGCAUAUGUCCGGUGCGCUGCUGUACAAGAUGCUGAAAAGCAAAACCAAACAUCCGCUCCAUGCCGCCGUCCGGUUACUUCGCGAAGAUGUAGUAUUUUUGUGCCUGGUAGAAAACAACGGUUCGCUGCAGGAAAUUGUAAACAGCCUAUCGCCCCAGGGUCAGCUACCACUAGGGUUGGCACUGAUGGGCCGCAGCACAGCCAUAGCACAGACACUGCUCGAAACUGGUGGAGCUGAUAUUAACGCCUAUACAACGGAGGGCAACACGCUGCUUAUCGAUGCGAUUAAACGUGGUGACAGCUUUACGGCACAGUUUCUGCUAGAGAAAGGCUGCAACGUAGAUCUGGUCACGCGCGAUACGUCCGAUACGGCGCUUCAUCUCGUAUGCACAUACUCCGAGCGAAGCACCGACAUGGAAACGCAUCGCGAAAUGCUCACCAUUGGACGACAGCUGCUAAAGCAGCAGGCCGAUCCGAACAUGCAAAAUAGCAAGGGAUACACUCCGCUCCACGUUGCGAUCAUGUCGCAGCACGUGGAAAUGAUUGACGAACUGUUGACCGAAGCGGAUGGUGAUGCGUACGUCGAUACAAACGUGCGAACGAAGGAUGAAAAAUGUGCCUUACAGCUGGCACUGAUGCCACCGCACACCGAUGGGCCACCGUACGAGUUGGCCCGCCGCCUGCUGGAACGUGGUGCACGGCCGAACGUUAUCCAUCCAGAGACUGGGGACAGUUUAUUGCACAUUCUCGCGAAACAGCAGCUCGAAGAUGCUGCCGUCUUUCUUACCGAUCACUGCAACCUCAGCCAUAUUAAUCGAUCCGGUCUGACCGUACUGCAUGUGGCUGCCUCGCAAGGACUGGCAAACCUAACGCGUGCUCUGCUGGAGAAAGGAGCUCCGCCCAACGUUCAGUCCGGUGUGACGGAGCUAAAAACGGCACUACACUACGCGGUCGAAGAGAACUGCACCGAUGUGGUGGAGGCGUUCAUCGAAUACAAAGAAUCGAAUCCUCCCGGCAUGGUAGAUUUCAAUCUGAAAAAUGCAUUCGGCGAUUCACCUCUAAGCUUAGCCCUCAGCCUUGGAUAUAACGAGCUUGUCCCGCUGUUGAUUAAGGGUGGAGCGGAUGUGAACGCACGCAACGGUCAGGAUAUGACGCUGCUACAUCAGGCCAUUCUGAAGGAAGAUUCCAAGACGGCCGUUUUUCUGCUCAGUCAAGGUGCGGACAUGAAUGCACUGACGGCGGAUCAGGAAUCUCCGCUGCAGCUCGCCAUUCACUGCCGAUUAGUGGACGUAGUGGAUGCACUUUGUACUCGCGGUGUAUCCUUAAGCGCACCCGACAACAAGGGAGAUUGUCCGCUGUGGAGUUCACUGGAGUCGGAACAGUUCGAAAUUGCCUCGGUCCUGGUAAGGCACGGUGUCGAUACGGAUUGUUGGGGCCCGGGACCGGACGGAUGUUUGCAAACGCUGCUACACCGUGCGAUCGACGAGAACAAAGAACAGGCGGCCAUGUUUCUGAUCAAAAGUGGUUGCGAUCUAGACUCGCCGCGUCAACCCGGUCCUCAGGGACAGGGUGGUGAGGAAGCGAAGGAUAAAGCUUCACCGUUGCAUCUCUGCUGCCAGUGGGGUCUACGGAAUGUGCUACAUACACUCAUCGGACACGGAGCCAAUGUGAAUGCUGUGGAUUGUGAUCUGAAGACACCGUUACAUAUUGCGAUCGAAAACCAACACGAAGAGAUCAUCGGCAUACUCCUGUGCCACCCGGGAAUUGAUCUGAAAAUUCGCGAUAAGACCGGCAACACACCAUUCGCAUCGGCACUGCAAGUUCGCAACAAUAAGGCGGCUCAGAACAUACUGGAGCGGUUACCGAAUGCAGCGGAACAGAUCGAUCAGCGGGGACGCAAUUUUCUGCAUCUGGCCAUCAUGCGUGAUGAUCUCGAAUCGGUACUGUUUCUGCUCUCGAUUCAGGUCGAUGUGAAUUCGCGCGUGCACGAUGUCAAUCAGACGCCGCCACUUCAUCUGGCGGCCGCAUCGGAGAAGGAAAUGUUGAUACGAAAUCUGAUUCUGGCCGGAGCACGGUUAAAUGAUCGUGAUGCGACACAAAAAACGGCACUCCACGUGGCGGCCGAGCGUGGUACGGUGGGUGCUGUAUCGGCGUUGCUUCAAAAUGGCGCCGAUUUCGAUGCAGUUGAUGGAGACGGUAAUAAUGCACUGCAUAUUGCAGUUCGGGAAGGUCAUAUUGCGGUCGUGCGGGAAUUGUUGACCGAAUCGGAACUCAAUGCGGAAGCGGUUAAUAUGAAGGGUUGUAAUCCGUUGCAUGAGUUGUGCCGCUGUGGGAAGGAUAAUACGGCCGCUGCUAUACUGGAACUGUUUUUCGAAUGUAUGCCAAAGUAUCCGAUCAAUAGUCCCGAUCUGCAGGGCAAUACACCGUUGCUGUUGGCGUACAUGCGCGGUCAGGCGCAGCUGUGUCGGAUGUUGGUGAAGAACGGUGCCUGUCUGGGAGCGGAGAACAAAGAGGGAUUGACGAUAUUUAACUUUAAGCUAGCCACCAAUCAGCUGUUGCAUCGUUUGCUGGACGAACUGCCACAAGAGUCGCCCUGGGCUUCGUCCGAGCUGUGCCAAGAAUGUGGCACGAAAUUUAGUAUCACCAUGCGGAAACAUCACUGCCGACAUUGUGGGCGAAAUCUUUGUAGCCGAUGUUCAAACAACGAUGUGCCAAUUAUCAAAUUUGGCAUCAACAAACCGGUUCGCGUUUGUUCCGUGUGCUUCGAAGUGCUACAAAUUGGAAGUGGUGCCGUUUGAAAUUGAUUCC